AUGGCAUGGCCCUGGCUCCCUGCCAGGCCGUCGGGCAGAGCGCUGCCGGCUGGUCAUGCAGCGCCUUCCAAAAAAACGCCACCCAGCGUGCGGGCCGCCGUGCUGCGUACCUGGGCGAAUGGAUGGUGCGCCGGGCGCCGCUUCGGCGCCCGCCGCGGCUGGAGCGCGUUCGGCUGCAGGCUGGGCGACGAAGACAUCAGGCACUACGUCUGCUGCCCGAAGCUGUGGCGCUUCGAAGCAUCCAAGCUGGGCUUGGUGGACCCUGGCGCCCUAGCAGAGCGCACUACCCACGCGCUCCUGUGGCAGCCCGGCGUCCCUGCGGAGGAGGUCGCCGGGACGGCCACCAUGGUCGCGGUCGGCUACAAGGCGCACGCCGCGUUCCGGCACGCGGCCGGCGCACGCCUCGACGUCCCGAGGUUGCUCGCCGAGGUGUUGGCGCAGCUGCAGAAGCCGCAGGUCGCGGCAGGUGCCGCUGCCGACGGUGGGUGA